AUGAAUAAUAACGAAAAUUUUAAUAACAGGCGAACACAAGCUGCAUUUAUGUUUAAUCGAUUGAUUAUGCGCAAUCAGCGUUUUCCAUUGACAGAACCAUCAUAUAUAAAUCAAAAAAUCGACCUUAUCAUCGGCGAACUCUUCGUAACUGCUACAUACGAUUUAAUAUCAGAAACUGGUCCAGGACAUUGUAAAAAAUUUGAAGUACGAUUGACUGUUGCCAAUAAAACUUCUAUUGGCAUGGAAACAAGUAUUAAACGGGCGCAACAAACUGCUGAACAAGCUUUAGCAACAACAACAUUGAAAAAACCUGAAAAAUCACGACAUAAAUCAAAAUCAUCACGAACGUCACGUAUCAAAAAAGUGCCAUCAAAUGAUCCUCAAAAAAAUUUGCCUCAACAACAAGUACCAGUUGAAAUCAAUCAACAGCAAAUAAAUCCAAUUCAUGAAAAUACAUUUGAAAUUCUCCUAAAUAAGAAACAUGAUGAAAUAAGUGAACAAAAAAAAUCAUUUCGAAUGCUCAAAGGUGCCAUGAAAGUUUCAAUUUUAUCGAUGCAUCUUUCUCUUAGAACUGAUCAUGAAUAUACAUUGGUACUUCUUUGUGCUAAUAAACCAACUAUAGCAUUACUUAAUGAUAUUUGCCAAGAAUUAACUAAUGCUUUAAUAAACAAGUUACUUCUGCGAAUCAAUCACAUUCAAUAG